AGGCGCUCCUCACCUCCCAGACGGGGCGGCCGGGCAGAGGAGCUCCUCACUUCCCAGAGGGGGCCGCCGGGCAGAGGCGCUCCUCACUUCCCAGACGGGGCGGCCGGGCAGAGACGAUCCUCACUUCCUCCCAGACGGGGUGGCGGCCAGGCAGAGGCGCUCCUCGCCUCCCAGACAGGGCGGCCGGACAGAGGCGCUCCUCACUUCCCAGACUGGGUGGCCGGGCAGAGGCGCUCCUUACUUCCCAGAUGGGGCAGCCGGGCAGAGGCGCUCCUCACCUCCCAGACGGGGUGGCCAGGCAGAGGCACUCCUCACUUCCCAGACGGUGUGGCGGCUGGGCAGAGGCGCUCCUCACUUCCCAGAUGGGGCAGCCAGGCAGAGGCGCUCCUCACUUCCUCCCAGAUGGGGUGGCAGCCAGGCAGAGGCACUCCUCACUUCCCAGACGGGGUGGCCGGGCAGAGGCGCUCCUCACUUCCCAGACGGGGCGGCCAGGCAGAGGUGCUCCUCACUUCCUCCCAGACGGGGUGGCGGCCGGGCAGACGCACUCCUCACCUCCCAGGCGGGGCGGCCGGUCAGAGGCGCUCCUCACCUCCCAGACGGGGUGGCCAGGCAGAGGCGCUCCUCACUUCCCAUAUGGGGUGGCGGCCGGACAGAGGCGCUCCUCACUUCCCAGAUGGGGCAGCUGGGCAGAGGCGCUCCUCACUUCCUCCCAGACGUGGUGGCGGCCGGGCAGAGGUGCUCCUCACCUCCCAGACGGGGCAGCCAGGCAGAGGUGCUCCUCAUCUCCCAGACGGGGCAGCCGGGCAGAGGUGCUCCUCACUUCCUCCCAGACGGGGUGGCGGCCGGGCAGAGGUGCUCCUCACCUCCCAGACAGGGGUGGCCAGGCAGAGGCGCUCCUCACUUCCCAUAUGGGGUGGCGGCCGGGCAGAGGCGCUCCUCACUUCCCAGAUGGGGCAGCCGGGCAGAGGUGCUCCUCACUUCCUCCCAGACGGGGUGGCGGCCAGGCAGAGGCGCUCCUCACCUCCCAGACGGGGCGGCCGGGCAGAGGUGCUCCUCAUCUCCCAGACGGGGUAGCCGGGCAGAGGUGCUCCUCACUUCCUCCCAGACGGGGUGGCAGCCGGGCAGAGGCACUCCUCACCUCCCCGACGGGGCGGCCGGGCAGAGGCGCUCCUCACUUCCCAGACGGGGCGGCCGGGCAGAGGCGCUCCUCACUUCCCAUAUGGGGUGGCGGCCGGACAGAGGCGCUCCUCACUUCCCAAACGGGGCAGCCGGGCAGAGGUGCUCCUCACUUCCUCCCAGACGGGGUGGCGGCCAGGCAGAGGCGCUCCUCACCUCCCAGACGGGGCGGCCGGGCAGAGGCGCUCCUCACUUCCCAGAUGGGGCAGCCGGGCAGAGGUGCUCCUCACUUCCCAGAUGGGGCAGCCGGGCAGAGGCGCUCCUCACUUCCUAUACGGGAUGGCGGCCGGGCAGAGACGUUCCUCACUUCCCAGAUGGGGCGGCUGCGCAGAGGGGCUCCUCACACCCCAGAGGAUGGGCGGCCAGGCAGAGACGCUCCUCACUUCCUAGACGGGGUGGCGGCGGGGCAGAGGCUGUAAUCUUAGCACUUUAAGAGGCCAAGGCAGGAGGCUGGUAGGUGGAGGUUGUAGCAAGCCGAGAUCACGCCACUGCACUCCAGCCUGAGCACCAUUGAGCAUUGAGUGAGCGAGACUCCGUCUGCAAUCCCAGCACCUCAGGAGGCCGAGGCAGGCAGAUCACUCGAGGCCGGGAGCUGGAGACCAGCCCGGUCAACACGGCGAAACCCCGUCUCCACCAAAAAUACAAAAACCAUUCAGGCGUGGUGGCGCACGCCUGCAAUCCCAGGCCCUCUCCCAGGAGAGUCACAGGAGCCGAGGCAGGGAGGUUGCAGCGAGCCGAGAUCACGGCAGUACAGUCCAGCUUCGGCAACAGAGGGAGACGGAAAAAAGGAGAGGGAGACCGAAGAAGGGAGAGGGAGAGGAGAGAGAGAGGAGAGAGGAGAGCAAUGUUGAACUGAUUUUAAAGUAAUUCAGUGGGUGGGUGGGGUGUAGAGGGAAAGUGAGAAAUAAAUGAACCAAGACUAACCACAAUUAAUUGUUAGAAACUAAGUAAUAGAGGCUUAUUACUCUGUUCUACUGUAUAUGUUUGAAUUUAAGUAGACAAAAAGUAUGGGUCUCUGGAUUUAGACUCUGGGUUCAAUUCUCAGCUUUGCUUCUUAUGAGGUAUAUAAUCUUAAACAAUUUACUGAACCUCUAUGCCUCAGUUUCCCUGUGGACUGGACAAUAAAAGUUCCCACCUCAUAGGGACAUAAUAAGGAUUAAAUGAGACAAUGUAUGUGAAGUGCUUAGUGCAAUGCCUGACACAUGGUUAAGUGUUAGAACAUGUUAGCCACAGUUAUCCUUACUGAAUAUUUACUUUAUACACGCGUGACAGUUAAUCUCUCCUUUAUCACAUUUCAGACCUUUUAGAAGUCUAUAAAAUAAGCCAGAUGUGGUCACACAUGCCUGUAUUCCCAGCACUUUGGGAGGCCAAGGUGGAAGGAUUUCUUGAGCCCUGGAGUUCAAGACCAGCCUGGGCAACAUAGUGAGACCAUCUUUACCAAAAAUUAAAAUAAAAAAUUAGCGGGGGGAGGCCGAGACAGGCAGAUCACCUGAGGUAGGGUGUUCAAGACCAGCCUGACCAAC